AUGCUCACAUUCAUGGCCUCUGACAGCGAGGAAGAAGUGUGUGACGAGCGGACGUCCCUGAUGUCAGCCGAGAGCCCCAUGCCGCGCUCCUGCCAGGAAGGCAGGCAGGGCCUGGAGAACGGAGAGGGUGCCGCCCAGUUGAGAGGCCAGGAGAGUGAGGAGGACCAUGAGGAGGACCCUGACCGCUACGUCUGCAGCGGGGUCCCCGGGCGGCCACCAGGCCUGGAGGAGGAGCUGACCCUCAAAUAUGGGGCAAAGCAUGUGAUCAUGCUAUUUGUGCCUGUCACGCUGUGCAUGAUCGUGGUAGUGGCCACCAUCAAGUCUGUGCGCUUCUACACGGAGAAGAAUGGACAGCUCAUCUACACACCUUUCACCGAGGACACAUCUUCGGCGGGCCAGCGCUUCCUCAACUCCGUGCUCAACACCCUCAUCAUGAUCAGCGUCAUUGUCAUCAUGACCAUCUUCCUGGUCGUGCUCUACAAGUACCGCUGCUACAAGGCAUACCUCGUUUUAUCGGGCUUCACAGACACUGCGUUUUUUACAAAUUCGAGCCCAGAAUGCAAGGCACUCAGACUACAGGUUCCCCCUUUUUCCCACUGGCUGCUGUUUUUUCAAGGCAGCCAGAGUCCAGGGGGCGUGAAGCUCGGCCUUGGAGACUUCAUCUUCUACAGCGUGCUGGUGGGCAAGGCGGCAGCCACGGGCAGUGGGGACUGGAACACCACGCUGGCCUGCUUUGUGGCCAUCCUCAUUGGUUUGUGUCUGACCCUCCUGCUGCUCGCCGUGUUCAAGAAAGCGCUGCCCGCCCUCCCCAUCUCCAUCGCGUUUGGGCUAAUCUUCUACUUCUCUACAGACAACCUGGUACGGCCUUUCAUGGACACCCUGGCCUCCCAUCAGUUUCCUAAGCAGAGGCGCUCACAGACUCCCAAGGCCCACUGUCUGACAGCUGGGCGGGUGCCCGGCUGGCUGUCUUCAGGAACACUGCAAGGCUGUCGCCAAAACACAGAGCGAGAGAGCAGGGCUGGUCCCCAACAGAAGCAGCCCAGCGGGGGCCAGGUGCAAAGAGAACCUCAGCCUCCAGACCGGAAUUUGAGCCCCUUGAGGGCUUGCAGAGCAGGCCGCUGGGCCCGCGGGGAGCGCGGCUCUCAGACACCCGAGAAACGCAGGAGCCGUGGAGCCGGCUGGGUCUCACAAGGAGAUGAAAGAAUCGUGUACUUUGGUGUCUGA